AUGCGUCGCCCGUCUUUCGAUGCAAAACGCGCAGCUCUAGGACAGCUGCGUUUGGCACUCGAUGAAGAUGGAAUUGAGGAUGUGGAAGAGAAACGGCAAGAAAAAGGGACCCCGGAUUUGUCUCCAGCAGCUGCCAGCGAACAAGAUACCACUUCAUCAUCGCAACCAGCACCAGCACAUCAGUAUCAUGAUCAGUCACAAGAACAACCACAACAACCACAACAAGAACGAGGAGAACACCAAGAAAAAGAAACAAAACUCACCCAAAUCCUCACCCACCUAACCACAGACCUACACACCCGCCCUACAUCCUACAUCGGCACCACCACCACCGCCAUCGCCUCCGCACUCGCCCUCGACACAGCAUCUACAGCCGCGUAUCUCGCUGACCUCGCCGCGCGCGGCCUGGUGCAUAAUACCGUUGAUGCGAACACGUGGGUGGUUUCGCGGGAGCAGGGUCAGAUUCCUGUGUUGAGGCCUGCUGGUGGUGGUGGUGGUGGUAUGUAG